CUAUGCUUACCAUUGUUGAAAAUAAACCAAUCGGUUCAUCAAACCCUAUUAGAUUUGGGUGUUCCUUGCCAAAAACGCACAUUUCCAUUUGCACCAGACCACAUUAUCGAUCCGUCACAAAUUAAAAUUCUAAAAAGCAGAAACCAACGAAAGAUUGAUGACAUAUCACCGAACACUCCAGCUCCUCUCUCACCAUGCAAAGCCUCACUCUCCAUGCAUCCAACAAGUGUCCCCCACUCCCUCCACGUGCCCCCCUCCACAGAUGUCUUUCUGUUCCUUUAAAAUCCAAACCCUCCUCCUUAUCUUCCUCUCAGUCUCUCAUUUCACAUCCUCCACCGAUCAACCAAACCCAGCAAACCCUAGCUCUCUCAAUAUCUCAUACAAUGGCUGAUCAGCACCACUACCGCCAGCAGCAACCACAGCACCAAGGUUACCAAAGUCGCAUCCAGUUCGACAACCCACAACACCAAGGUUACCAAACUCACUACCAGUAUGACCAACAACAACGCUACCCCUUCGAAGUCGGGAAAAGCUUCCGUCCACAAAAUGGCUCCUCAGCUUCAAAUCUUUUGACAAUUGCCACCCUGGUUCCAGUAGGGGGAACUCUGCUCUUGCUUGCAGGGCUCACACUGGCCGGGACCAUCAUUGGGCUGGCAGUGACCACCCCGCUUUUUGUUAUCUUUAGUCCGGUUUUGGUCCCGGCUGUUGUGGUCGUAUUCCUAUCUGUGACGGGGAUAUUGACUUCGGGGGCUUUAGGGGUCACGGCCCUAUCGUCUUUCUCUUGGUUGGCCCAUUACUUGAGCCGGUCUCAUCUGCCCCAGACGAUGGGCCAAAAGUUGCAGGAGACAACGGGAUAUUUGGGCCAGAAGGUGCAGGAGACGACGGGGUACUUGGGCCAGAAGGUGCAAGAGACAGGAGACUUUGUGGGCCAUAAGAUGCAGGAGACUGGAGGUCAGGUGGGCCAGAUGACUCAGGAUGUGGGCGAGACUAUCCGGAACAAAGGCCGAGGAAGUUGAAAUGACCCAGGAAGCCAGGAAGGUGGCAGGGAUCUAAUAAACAGAAACUGGCAGGGCAAAAGAAGGCGGCCGGAGCCGCGACGGUGCUAAUGUUACAGUCAGGACAUGAAGAUGGAGAGUUGAUCAUGCAUAUAUAUUAUGUAUAUGGGUCUCAAUGGCUAGUGUCUCUCUCUCUUUUGUACGUGUUUAUUCUUUGGUGUCUGUGUUUGUAUGUGUAUAUCUUUUUGGUACUUGUGUUACCUGGUACCGGUAUGUACUAACCGUUUGGAGUCGAUAGUUGUGGUUCUAUGGAUUUAUGAUGUAAUAAAUGG